ACGCGCAGCCGGUGAUCGAGGCCGCCCGGACCCUAUAUACCCCGAGCGGGGCAACUACCGGACAGGGCAUAUAAUGAAUUCCCAGAUAAUGAAUUCUGGAAACUUUACUGGAUUGCGCCCCCAAACACGGGGAAUCAGCAUUUCUGGCCGUCCACACUCAUUUCCAAACAAAUAUCUAUCACGGACUAGUAGCGCAUCCUCCUUGAAGUCUUCCCUAGGUUCCACGGUGAUCUCUGUCCCAAAUCCCCAUCUGUCCUCAGCUGACAUUGAACAGAUAAUAUACCAAAGAGUUAAUGAGCUUGGGGAAGAUUUGAGAAAUGCUUUUACUGCAUUGGAUGCUGAUCAGAAUUUCACUGUGACCAAAGGAGAGUUCUACAGGGUUCUUCAACAUUUAAUUUUACCCCUAACUCCACCCCAAUUUGAUGGUCUACUAGCAAGGAUUCCGAUGUACGACAAUGGAGCGAUUCCAUAUCUUGCAUUCCUAGAAAAAUUCCACCGUGUUGGCACCAGCCACGGAAAGAACGUGAAGAGGAGGUACAGCGCUUCACAAGUGACCCAGGCAAUGACCCUGAGUGAAUUGGAGACACAGCUGAAAACUGCGAUUUCAAAGAAUCUUAAAGCUGUAGUCCGGGUCUGUCGAAUCUUUGAUUACAAUCAAAAUGGUCAAAUACAGAAACAUGAACUGCGCCGAAUCCUUGAGAACUACUGCUUCAAAAUGAAGAACAUAGAGUAUGAAAAGUUGUGGAAUCGUUACUGUAUCGGCACAAAGAACACGCUGGACUUCAAGGAGAUGCUGACACAUCUUGGUCUGAAUGCAGAGAUCCACAGCCAGCCCGAGAGAGAGACUGUUGCAAAAGCAUUAAUCUGGGACACAUCACCCCUGGAACGAGCACAGCAGACACCACCUUGUUCGCCUAAGAUACAUUCUACAAAGGAUUGUUCUCUGGAUGAACUGGAGACAGCAUUUAGGAGAGUGAUCUCUGGAUCGCGUGCACGGAUCGUAAAUGCCUUUGCUUCAUAUGAUGCAGCUCAGACCGGGUUUAUAUCUCUGGUUGACUUCAAAACGAUCCUAAAUAACUUAAUUUUUCCGUUAUCCAAGAAAGCAUUUGAAGAGUUAAUGACCAGGUAUGGAUGUACAGCUUCAAACCGUGUUGCUUGGAAGCUGUUUGUGAGUGCUUAUCAGGACCAGGAACCUCCAGAAAAUGGACAAACUAUACCCAUUAGACCCAACCACAGGGUCAACCCAGCAAGAAGUGCAAUUAAACUGUUUUCAAAUGACCAUAUUAUUCACAAACUCCAGAAGCAUUUCCAGGAGUCUUACCACUCCCUGAAGGAUGCUUUCCUCAUGCUGGAUCAGGAACGUAAAGGAAAAAUCAGCAGGAAAGAACUGCGUAGAAUCGUGGACUCCAUGAUAUGCCGGAUCACAGAUGAGCAGUUCAAAGAGUUAAUGAUCAUUCUGGACUCGGAGCACACAGGAUUUAUCAGCUAUCACCAGUUCUUAGACUUGUUUGAAGAGAAGGAGUCUGUGACAGGUCAUAAAUGGUUAAACAAUAAAAGAGAGACGAAAAAGGAAGCUUCAGUUCCUGUGACGUGGGACACAAUGCAGAACAUCCUUUGUGAAAAGAUCACACGCAACUGGCAAGGGUUUGUGAAAGCUAUCAAAUCCUACGACAGUAAAGGAAUUGGCAUCGUCGCUAAACACGAUUUUAAAAACAUUUUGAAAUCACACUGUCCGUCAUUGUCCGAGGAGCACUUUCAAAUAAUUUGUGAGCAAUACAGUGAUUCCUCUUCGGAUUUUAUCACAUACAUGGAAUUUCUGCAGAAUUUGGGAGUAAUUAUGUCGCAUGCAGGAGAUCUGGAGGGAGUGAGCACCAACAUCUUCGAUGGAAGCCAGUGUCGAGAGGAAUUACGUCAGACAGAGCUCUCCGACAGAAUGAGAGAGAUUGAUCAACAAGCCAGUAACCUGACCAGGACAAUGUCCACUGACCAAGUCAUUGAGAAACUGAAAGCCUGUGUGACCAGGCACAGCCUCACCACCAAGGAUAGCUUCCUCACAUGCAAAGCGCAGGCCGGUGGGAAGGUAUCAAAGAAAGAUUUCAGAAAGGUUUUAGAGGAUCACGAACUGCAUUUAGAUGAUGAUCAGUUUCAUGCACUGACUGAGAAGCUGGGAUUUACGAAAGAAGGACUCGAUUAUUUAGAUUUUGUGUCAUUAUUUGAAGCCCCUGGAAGCAGAGAGGGGAAUGUUUUACAAAUUCGCACAAACCACCGCGUCAAUCAGGCAAGAUUUAACUUCAUGUCGGCAGAAGAAUGUCUCAGCAAAUUAUUAGAUAAAUUGCGGGAAGGUUACGAGGAUACAUACACUGCCUUUUAUAAAAUAGACAGCAACCGCGAUGGUAUAGUUACAAUGCAUGAUUUCCGGAACCUCCUGGAUGGAUUCAUGUUUAUCAUGACACAGAAAGAGUAUGAGCGCCUAUUGAAUCUCUUAGGACUAAAUUUAAAUUCGACUUUAAACUAUGUCGAGUUUCUUAAAUUGAUUCAAAAACAGGAGAAAGAUGACAGCCCCCCGUGGCUAAAUUCCGUGUACAGGCCAAAGCAGAGCAACGAAUGUGCUGAUCUGGCAUGUGAACAGGCUCAUUACUACCUCGUCAACAAAGCACAGGUCAGGUGGCAUGACCUAGCCAAGACAUUCUGUGAAUUUGAUAGUGAGGGGAAUGGCAUUGUACAGAAGAAAGAUUUAAAGAAUGUCUUGUUCAGGUUUUCAAUUCCCAUUACUGCUAAAGAAUUUGAAAAACUCUGGGACAGAUAUGAUCCAGAAGGAAAGGGCUACCUCACACAUCAGGAGUUCCUCCACAAACUGGGGGUGGACUCUGUGUCCAUGGACAGUGGUCCAAGCGCUCGCAUUGCAGAUGAAAACCAUGAGUGUCUGGAGAAACAUUGGAGUACGCAGCAUAAACUCCAUGAGGAGAUGGAUUCCUUCCACAAACACCAGACUAAAGCUCUGAACAUCAAAACCAUUGAACAGCAGGUCAAGGAUAAAUUCAGGGAAUAUUACCAAGACUUUGGCGCAGCGUUUGCUAAGAUGGAUAGAAACAAAGAUGGAUUGAUAACGCUGCAGGAUUUCCGAACCAUGCUCCAAGACAUGAAUUUUUAUUUGGAGGAUGAUCAGUUUCUCGAUCUCCUGUGCAGGCUAAAAAUGAAAGUGUGUGGCAGCAAGCUCUCGUACUUUGAUUUUCUCAAAGUUGUGGAUGACGGCAGAGCUUCCAAGUAUGGCCGGCAACAGGAAUCUAGCGCGCGCUCAGACAAUUUCUAUACACUCAGCCCACAGAGGGCACUAACCAAGCUAAAAGAAUCCGUGGCUGCUUCGUAUGACCAGCUGUACACGGCUUGUUCGUUAUUUGAUAAGGAUGACACAGGCACAAUAACAGUCUUUGAAUUGCGACGUAUACUUGACAGUUUUUGUUUUAAACUAACAGAGAAGCAAUUCAAGUACCUUGUGAGUAAAUUAAUGCCGGGCGAUGAUCACACAAUAGACUGGCAAGCCUUCCUACAUCAUUUCCCGGCGUCGAGUGACGAGUCCAACUCCACGUGGGCUGAGCGAGUGCAGAAAGCCACCCGCACAAAAUCUGUCCCAAAGUUAUCAAUGAAGGACAUCCUGACCCAUGUCCAGGAGGUAGUCACGGCUCGCUUCCAAACCAUUGUGCAGGCGUUUGUAGACCUCGAUUGUGCAAACAGUAAUAUCAUCUCUAAGGACGGCUUCCAGGAACUUUUCAGCAGGCACUUUAUGCUGGUGACAGAUGAGCAGUUUGAGAACCUGUGGAAUGUGUUACCUUUGAAUUCUAAUGGAAAUCUAAACUACCAUGAAUUUUUGAAGAAAUUCAGCAGUGCACAUCCAUCAGAGAAACCGUUAUCACGAGACCUAGAUGGCAGUCCCAAGCCGGAUUCCUCAUUUAAACGCAAUCAGACUUUCUCUGGUUCUUUCUCUGGCAUCAGACGCCCCAAAACUGCACCCCCUGUUUUAAAUAAAUCUCAUAUCUGCAGUCAGAGACCUCACACAGCUGUUCCACACUCCAGGCCAAUUACAAACUGUGAGCUAGUUGAAAAUAAAUUUCGGACCAAUCUCCAAAAAGUCUGGCAAGAGGUUUAUAAAGCCUGCAGAGCUAAAGAUCCUGAAAGCUUUGGAGAAAUCCCCAUCUCUGACCUUUUAGGUGUCCUGAAACAGUUUAAUUUGGAGGUUACUGAGAAGGAACUUGAUCAGUUAACAACAAAAUAUGACUUAAGGAAAAAUGGGAAGUUCUCCUAUUCUGAUUUCCUCCGAAAUAUCAUGCUUGUGCCAAAGACACAAGAAAAGGCUACUUUACGAAGGAUGAAAUUACAGAAGCCGCAGGUCCCGAUUAGCUCAGGGAUGCACAAUCCAUUGUUCCUAGACGCACUUUUGAGAAUUGAGCCAAAAAUUCUGAGCUGCUGGAGACCAAUGAGAAGAUCGUUCCUGUCCUGCGAUGACACGAGAUCUGGAUAUAUAAGUAUUCAAGAUUUCAAACAGGUCCUACAGAAAUAUGGUAUAAAUCUCUCCGAAGAUGAAUUCUUCCAUAUUGUCGGAUACUUUGACAAAGAUCUAACAUCAAAAAUCUCUUACAAUGACUUUCUGAGGGAAUUCCUCAGAUAGAACUUUUUUAUAGCAUUAGAUUUUGUGUGCAUUUUGUAUAUUGUGGUUUGUUUGUAACUUGCAAGCUGGUUUUAUUUUUGAUUGAAUUAAGAAAUAAAUUAUUAUAACUCCAGGAUUGUAUUAAGAUUGGCCACAGCUCAUAAACUGCAGACAGAUAAAUAACAUCAGCAACUGAGCCGAGCGUCCCGGCUAUUCCAUUAGAUGCUAAUGGAGAUCGUCUGCCUCCAUUCUCCUAAUUAGUUUAACAAGACACAAAUAAUGAGCUCUAGUUCACCACGAAUGAAGUCCGAGAAGAAUGUACGUAAACUUAUCAGAAUGAAUUUCACAGACUGUAACAAUGUAACACACUAACUGGAAAAAAAUCAAUCUUAAUGACAUGUGAUAUGAUCCUCAUUUUCCUGUAUUGUCCUCAGCUUACAA